AUGUCGUCACCUCCCCAGUAUGGAACUUGCCCGCAAGACGAGAGCAACCUUCGUUUGGACCUACAGCUUCCCCUGCCAUUCACUCAGCAGAUAUUGAUGCCGUUUGAUCUUCGAGAACAUCCAUCAAAAUUCCUGGAGCCUCCGAAUAACAAACUCCUUGAUAUAUUUCCAGGAACUCAGGCAGUCGAAUUAAACGAUCGAGUAUGGUUGGACAACGGGCAGAGGAGGAAUGUACCCGCUGUCAACAAAAAGAGGGGCCAUUCGCCUAUUGCGUUGUCAUUGGUGCUCCUGGUUGGCCAAAAGAGUGUGCUAACUGCCACUGGGGCGGCCAUGCCCAUCGAUGCUCCAGGUUGA